AUGAAUAUUAUCGUCUGGAACGUCCGGGGGCUUACGGAUGAAUCUAGACGUGUCUUAAAGGAGCACUCCCACUCCUUUAAUCCCAUUAUCAUUGGUAUUGUGGAACCCAAAGUGGAUUUCAGUAAAGUUCCUGCUAAUUUUUGGCAUUCCAUCAAUAUGGUUGCUCGGCAUCAAAAUUUUCGCCAUCAGAUGUGUUCGAAUAUUUGGCUCUUGGCUCAUCCCUCGGUCGUCACGACUGUGAUUUGGUCUUCGGAUCAGACUGUCAUUGCUGAUUGUGUUUGGAAUUCUCUUCAUUUUCGUAUUGCGAUUGUUCAUGGCUCUAAUUGUCCUACGGAACGUAGAAAGCUGUGGCUUGAUCUUCUUCACCACACGAAUGGCUCCACAGUGUUUAUGGGUGAUUUUAACGCGGUAAAAGGUGCGCAUGAACGUAUCAGUACUGUUAGUCCUAAUCGCCAAUCGUGUAAGGAUUUCUGCGAGUUCAUUGACGCCACUCAGUUUAUCGAAUCACCCACUUUGGGACUUAAGUUCACCUGGUCUGGGCGCCGAUUCCUACCUCGACAUGUUGAGUCUUUGUUGGACCGCGUGCUGGUUUCGGACUCUUUUGCUCAGAGUUGGAGGGCGAUUAAUACUCAUAUCUUGCCGAGGAUCACGUCGGAUCAUUCGCCGCUGGUCUUUCAAUGCUCUGGCUCGGAUAUCAGACGAAGGAAUUCUUUUCGUUUCCUGACUAUGUGGACCUCUCAUGCUAAUUUCUUGGAAGUGGUGGAACAUUCUUGGACUCAACUGGUAGAGACGAAUUGUCCAAUUUUUCGAGUAAUGGCUAAGCUCCGGAGGUUACGUGGGGUGCUUAAGUCUUGGAAUAAGGAGGUUUUUGGCAAUGUUGAUGUUUCUAUACGUGAGUUGGGCGAGAAGUUAGCUGAUGUCCAGGAGCGGAUCUCAGCUUCGGGUUACAUGGAUGAUUUAUUUAAUGAGGAGAUCGCGGUUCAGGCAAGUUUGAACGUAACUCUUUCUCGCAAAAAUGAUCUCUUGAGACAAAAAAGCAAAGUCACGUGGCUGCAUGACGGAGAUCGUAACUCGUCUUUCUUUCAUAACAUGAUCAAGUUCAGAAAGCAACAUCUUAAUAUUGGGCACCUGAAGAUUGAUGGAGUUGUUACUACUGAUGCUCGGCAAAUUGAGCGGCAUAUUAUUGAUUAUUUCUCUAUUUUGUUCAAAGAGACGGAUAAUCGUAGGGUUGAAACGGUGGAGCUGGAGGCGGUUAUUGAUCACUCAAUUUCGGAUACUCAGAAUGAGAUGCUUAUUCGACUCCCUGAUGAGGUGGAGAUUUCGGCUGCGGUGCAUAGUAUGGAGUCUUCUAGUGCUCCUGGACCGGAUGGAUUCUCGGGAGCCUUCUUUCAAUCUAGCUGGAAGAUUGUGAAGGGUGACGUUGUUCAUGCUGUUCGCACUUUUUUUCCGGAAGUCCUAUUUGCCGAAUGGAUGUAA